AUGAAUAACAUCAAUUUCACAAAUCCAAGUUCUAUAUCACAAUUCCCUUUACGACCACAACAAGUUCUUAACUUCUCAUAUUCUCAAAAUGUUCUUCCAUCUGAAGGACACUCACCUUUUCAAAAUCGUCAAUUUGCUGAAAAUGAAACAUCCUUCCCUAUGUCGCAACAUUUUAACAUGUCAGAAGGUGAAGGUGCAAAUUCAAACUUUAAUUGGUCAUAUAGAUCAACUGCUGACUCUGAUGACGAUAAUGAUGAUGAAGCUGAAGAAAAUGAAGGUGGGGAUGUAGGAGGCGGAGGUAGAGGCAAUACGGAUCGAAGGAAUUUUUGGUCGCACGCUGAAGAUGAGGUCCUUGUGAGAGCUUGGCUUGAGGUAAGUAAAGAUAAAAAAAAAACAAAUACCAACCAAAAGGGGAAUAAAUUCUGGGCAAAAGUUGAGGCAAUGUUUAAUAAUGUUAGAUUAUUUAGAGAGAGGCAAUUUGAACAAGGUACUGAAGAGAUUAAGAAGGAUGAUUUGCUAAGUGUAAGGGCUUUGGAGCCACUUAGAUGUCGGUGGAAAAGGCUAAGUGCUAAUUGUUCAAAAUUUUCUGGUGCGUAUGCACAUGCUGCAUCAAGGAGAGGAAGUGGUCACUCUGACAACGAUGUUAUUAAGAUUGCGCGUAGAAUUUAUAGAGAUGACAAAACUAGGAAAAAUACCAGUAAAGUUUUCCAAGAUAUGCAUGCUUGGGAUAUUCUGAAAAAUGAACAAAUAUGGGCGAAAAUGAAGAUCCAGUCGAGACAAGUAAGCAGAAGACAGCAACCCAGUCCAGUGUUUCAAAGAGAUCUUGAAUUAAUGAAGCUGGUAAUUACUCGUCUUCAACAAACCCAGAUACACCGACCAGUGGUGAUGCUGGGUGUUCAGGCUUCCCCUCUAUUGAUGAUUGUACCAAAAAUAAAGGUAAGAACAAAGUUAUGA